CACUCAAGAUGUGCGUCGGACGCGAGUUGUUGUUCAAUUCUCGCAGAUUGUUUUGGCGACCGAAGCACACGUUAAGGCAUCAAUCGCUUUUACGCACUCUGCUGGCUGGCUGCUGUUGGCUGCUGUGGACACAAAUAAUAUUCGCUGGGUUGCAGUUCCAAUUUGCGGUCUUAGAUGACUGUUGGCAGAGGUGCGUUACGGUCGCAGAAUUGUCAGCGCAACAUGUCGCUCAACCUGAAGGCCUUGUUGGGCAUGAUCUUUGUCUUUGUUGGGUGCUGCAGCAACGUCUACUUCCUGGAGCUGAUCAUCAAAAUAGAUCCCGGUGCGGGCAAUCUAAUUACCUUCCUGCAGUUCCUCUUCAUCGCUACGAGUGGUCUCAUCUUCACCUCCAAGUUCUUCACGGUACACCCCAAUAUACCACUGAGGGACUAUGUGAAGCUUGUCGUCCUCUUCUUUGGCGCCAAUGUGUGCAACAAUUAUGCGUUCAACUUCAAUAUACCGAUGCCGCUGCACAUGAUCUUCCGGAGUGGAUCGCUGAUGGCCAACAUGAUCAUGGGCAUUAUACUGCUGAGGAAAAGAUACAAUCUGAGGCAGUACAGCUCGGUGGCGAUGAUCACAGCGGGCAUUAUAUUGUGCACAUUGGUAUCCAGUGGCGAUGUCAAGGAUAAUACGCAUCACUCACUGAAAGUGGACACCACCUACUCGGACUUCUUCUGGUGGAGCGUCGGCAUCGCUCUGCUCACGAUUGCCCUACUCGUGACCGCUUACAUGGGCAUCUACCAGGAGGUGAUCUACAAGCGCCAUGGCAAGCAUCCGAGCGAGGCGCUCUUCUACACGCACAUGUUGCCAUUGCCCGGCUUCCUAAUCAUGGCCAGCAAUAUUGCCCAGCACUGGUGGAUAGCUGUCAAUUCCGAUGUGGUCACUCUACCCGUACCGGUUAUCAAUUGGUCCGUCACCUUCCCACUGGUUCUCUUCUAUCUGCUGUGCAAUGUGAUUAGCCAAUAUAUGUGCAUCAGUGCCGUCUAUGUGCUGACCACGGAGUGUGCCUCUCUCACGGUGACCCUUGUUGUCACUCUGCGCAAGUUUAUCUCUCUGCUGUUCUCCAUCGUCUACUUCCGCAAUCCGUUUACAGUUAGCCACUGGCUGGGCACUGUGCUGGUCUUCUUUGGCACCAUCCUGUUUGGGGAUGUGCUCAGUCAACUGUUCGUUGCCUGCAAGAUGUGGGUGGGGAAGCGCUUCGCUGUGGCAUCAAAGCCCAACGCGGAAUACACUCGAAUCUAGACAAUUUCAGGAUUU